UUCUGGACUGGAUUCCGAUUAUGUAAAUGGAAGUUCGUACAUUUAAGUCCUGUUUGAUCCAUACUUCCGUUUCUUAAAUCUUUUCAUUCUUAUCCAGAAAAUAUUAGGAAAUCAAGUCAGUUGUUGAGCUCUUUGCUCAGCUUGAAUUAGUGAAAAAAAUUCAAUCUUUGUUGCUGUGCAGAGCUGAGAGAUUUGAACAAAGCUGAGGGAUUCGAAUCAUGGCGAAGACGCAGCUAGAAGUGUUGAAUGCUUUGGAUGUUGCGAAAACGCAAUGGUACCAUUUCACGGCAAUCAUUAUCGCAGGCAUGGGCUUCUUCACUGAUGCUUAUGACCUCUUCUGCAUUUCCACCGUAACGAGGCUCCUGGGAAGAAUAUAUUACUACCAGGAGGGCAAUUCAAAGCCCGGAUCUUUGCCUCCAAACGUCUCGGCCGCCGUUAAUGGUGUCGCUUUGUGCGGAACCCUAGCCGGACAGCUCUUCUUCGGCUGGCUGGGGGACAAAAUGGGACGGAAAAAAGUAUACGGAAUGACUCUCAUGUUAAUGGUGAUCUGUUCCAUAGCUUCAGGCCUUUCCUUCGGCCACACGGCCAAAUCUGUAAUGACAACGCUCUGUUUCUUCAGAUUCUGGCUCGGUUUCGGCAUUGGCGGAGAUUAUCCUCUGUCCGCCACAAUUAUGUCCGAGUACGCCAACAAGAAAACCAGAGGCGCAUUUAUUGCCGCCGUUUUCGCGAUGCAAGGGUUUGGAAUCCUCGCAGGCGGUGCCGUUUCCAUUAUUGUGUCGGUAGGGUUUAAAAAGCAUUUUAGGGCUCCAAAUUAUGAAACCGAUCCCAAAGGUUCUACUGUGAGUGAGGCAGAUUUCGUGUGGAGAUUAAUCCUCAUGUUCGGAGCCAUGCCCGCUGCAAUGACUUACUACUGGCGCAUGAAAAUGCCUGAAACUGCCCGUUACACGGCUCUGGUAGAAAAAAACGCAAAGCAAGCCGCGGCAGACAUGUCUAGGGUUAUGCAGGUCGAUAUUGAAGAAGAUACCUCAAAGAUCGAUGAAAUUGCCUCCAGCGGACCGAGCUUUGGUUUAUUUUCAUCACAGUUCCUGAAACGGCAUGGAUUGCAUCUGCUCGGCACCACGACUACCUGGUUUCUUCUGGACAUUGCCUAUUACAGCCAAAAUCUGUUUCAAAAGGACAUCUUUACGGCCGUCGGGUGGAUUCCCGCCGGAAGAAAAAUGAACGCCAUUGAAGAAGUUUAUCGCAUUGCAAAGGCGCAGACGAUCAUUGCUCUGUGCUCCACUGUUCCGGGCUACUGGUUCACCGUCUUCUUUAUUGACCGGAUCGGCCGGUUCACCAUUCAGCUGAUGGGAUUCUUCUUCAUGACGGUUUUCAUGUUCGCUCUGGCCAUUCCGUACAACCAUUGGCGAGGGAUCAAAUGCGGCGAUUCGUUCUGCGACGGCAAUCACAUUGCAUUUGUUGUUCUUUACUCCUUCACCUUCUUCUUUGCUAAUUUCGGUCCAAACAGCACAACUUUCAUUGUACCUGCGGAGGUUUUUCCGGCGAGGCUCCGUUCGACUUGCCAUGGCAUUUCGGCUGCAGCGGGAAAGGCGGGAGCCAUUGUUGGAGCUUUCGGAUUUCUGUAUGCUGCUCAGAGCACCCACAAAUCCGAAGUUGACACGGGAUACCACAAGGGAAUUGGUGUCAAGAAUUCUCUGAUUGUUCUGGGAGUGACCAAUGCUUUAGGGUUUCUUUUCACUUUUCUAGUGCCUGAAACCAACGGUAAAUCGUUGGAAGAGCUCUCCGGCGAAAAUGAAGAAGAAGAAGAAGCAGCAGCUGGGCUUCCCCGAUCUGUUUCAAUUAUUAGAACUGCACCAGCUUAGUAGCGGAAGGAAUAUCUGCGCGGGAAACAUGAAAUAAUAGGGAAAAAUUUGUAUUAGGCCAUGGUCUCAUGGGGUUGCUUGGCCUAUUUUGUUUAGCAGCCAUUGUUUGAUUUGUAUGAUUUGUAUGAUUACAUUCCUUUGUGUAGUUAUUUUAAUGUAUGAAGGUUGCAAUUGUAA